AAACGGAUCAUUAAAAUAUAUCCGAGUGAAUCUUUGUUUCUCACUUGGAAUCUUUCAGCGUCCGAAUUGCAAUUAGUGCCACUUCUCUCUCUCUCUCUCUCUCUCCCUUUCAUUCUCCCCCUAAUGUUCGCUCAGUUUAGAGUUGUUCCCCUUUACCUGAUAUAUUCACUCGGUUAUCCGAUAGAACAAAACGGAACAAUAAUAAUCCUUCCUAGUAUAGACACAAGGCCUGAAAUUCUGGUCUAGGGGGCUAGUUGAUAUCAUCGACCCCCAGAACUUGACUGGUUACUAUUUUGUCGAUUCAGAAAGGAUGAAAGGUAAAGUUUGACCUCGGCGGAAUUUGAACUCAGAACGUAGAGAUUUACUACAUAUUGCUAUGCGUUUUACAUGGCGUGCUAAUCCUUCUGCCAACUCGCCGACAAUGUCCUCCUUUUCCCAGAGAAUCAAAUCCCAUUUGCUCGCCACAAAUCCUCUGUAAAACUCUAAUAUGGAACUUCCAACAGCCACAUUAUCCAACUGGUAGAGGAUCGCCAGGGUUCGACGAUGUUCCAGCUAUUUCAACCUCCGAUUGACAUAGCGACCACACAUGUUCACCGUCAAGGAAUCGAUGGAGAGAGGUCGCAGCCUCAGUGCAUACCUGCGUAUAAUCAGCUACAGCAUGUCCAGUCGUGCAUUGAGCAGGUGUUGACAGCAAAUGCAGCGCUCGGCCAGUGGAACGCAUCCCUCGCACAGAGAGCGGAAUGGCAAGUGCUCCAGGUCGGUUAGACUUGAAAUGAGGCGAGGCAGAACGGUGAGGCAGUAAUAUAUGAUGGAUGGAGCUAAUAAAUCUGCCUCAGUCUGCUUCGUCGAGUGGCACACACACACAUACACACACACACAUAAACACAUACAACCCUAGUUGCCAUACAAAACUAUUGAGCCAAAGAUGGUCUCCACUCCCACUAUCAGUCACACCACUAUUGCUACUCCGGCUUCAACAAACACCAUGUCAGUUGCUAGUUACGUCCUCCUCAUCACCUUUGCCCUAAUCGGGAUCUCACACGCACAGGAGCAGCGUAACCGCAGCUUCCCUUUCCAGUUGUCCGGUGCAGCGCGAACCGUCUUAUCUUUCCACUACCAACCUGCUAGCGAGUGUUUGUAUGAUAUUAACGCCAACGUCUCGAUUUGUGCCUCUGACCAGCCUUUCACAACCAGCACCACUAGUGCCACCCCCCAGGGGCAACCCUCACCUUCUAAUAUCUCCUACAUAUAUAUCCACUGCAGAAACAAUCCUACAAGGUUCAGCCCUCACCGGUCCAAGUGCCUAUGCAAAUUUGGAAAUCCUAUUUUUCCUGUUUUAAACAAUGCCCAUAUCUCCGAUGGGCCCCUUGAAUUAACCCCGACAGUGAACAACGAACAAAAAUCUAACACAAGGUCACUAGAUGUGUCGGAUAUGGAUAUAGAUGGUGGAUCCCGGAUUGGUUUAGCAGCAAGCAGUCGUCCACAUCUACAGAAUGGUCACCAGUCUGAACCAUGGGUUAAUAAGAACCAGCAACAUGAAAGUAGAUCUCAAACAGUCCCUAAGAAAAAUUUUGAAUUUUUACCCAGCCACAAACCUCAAGAUUCUUCACCAGUGCAACCCAAGAAUUUUAUCUUUUGUCAGGUAACUGAUUUGACGUCGAUAUCGCUACAUCACUUGAAAUCAUUGACUGCAGUGGAUUUAGGUUCAAAUAGCGUCAGAGCUGUACCCAGCAAGUUUUUUGUUGGUUUAGUCAAUUUAAAAUACAUUUCUCUCUCUAAUAAUCCUAUUGAUAUACUACCGGAUGGAGUGUUUUGUGGUCUGAAAAACUUGACUUACUUAGACUUAAGUAACCUUCACUUGUCCGGGUAUCCGUCAGUUGCAUUUUUGUGCCACCGGGUGUCGCCACCAAUCCGUUACAUUGACGUUAGUCACAACAGCAUCGAAACUCUGUCUACUGAGGCCUUAACGACACUUGCAUCGUCUCUCAUAUUCCUCAAUCUCUCCAGUAACGCUAUUAACCAUAUACAUUCGUCUGCCUUCCAAAACAGCCGUGUCUUGAGGACCUUAGAUCUCUCUUUCAAUCGUUUGUCCGAAUUACCCGCUCGGUUAUGCCAGGGACUUGCUGCCCUUCGUCACCUUUACAUCUCGUCCAACCGUAUCUUCGUCCUACACGCUUUACCACUGAUCAACUGCACCAGACUCCUGCAUCUGGAUUUAUCUUCGAACAUCAUUAAUCACAUCCCACAACAUCUCAACCUCUCAUCUCUGCAACUCCUCAACCUCAGCACCAAUGAUUUAAAGUCCCUAACUCCGUCUAUGUUUAGUGCCUUUCCUUUGCUAAAACAACUCGAUCUCUCACAGAACAAAAUUAAACUCAUCGAAAAGAACAGUUUUUCUUCAUUUCCUGCUUUGCGGUCCCUCAAUUUGAGUCGCAACCGACUUGAGGACGGAUUGAACUUCAAUGUUAUCUUUCAGCAUUUAGGGUCUUUAACGGUUUUAGACCUCAGUUCUAAUGUUAUCACAUCACUGGGCAACAACAGCUUUGCUCACCUUCUGAACUUAGAGCAUCUAGAUCUUUCCCAUAACUUCCUCAGUUUCUUUAACCGUUUGGUGUUCAGAAAACUAUCCAGAUUGAAAGAACUGAACCUUAGGGCAAACAUGAUAUCACUGUUGUCACGUGGGGCAUUUGAGGACCUCGUUGAUUUACAAAUACUAGAUUUAUCCGAAAAUGACCUUGUAACUAUUGAAAACGAGGCCUUCCCCCAAUGCCCGUUUACUCUGGACUUGAGCAGGAAUUCUUUACAAGUAGUACCAGCUGGUCUGAAGAACACAUCGAUACGGCAUCUUGACAUGAGAUGGAACUACAUAAGAAAACUACAUUUCCAGGCGUUUCACGAUAUGGGACGCCUCGAACGUUUACAAGUGGGACACAACCGCAUUGAAGAGGCCAUUCCUGGGGCCUUUUCGAGCCUGUCUAACCUAAAAACCCUCUCGCUCGACCACAAUAAAUUAAAUAUUGAUUUUGAAGAAAAUAUUUUCCAAGGUUUGGAAACUUUAGCAUCAAUAAACCUCGCCUACAACAACAUCCACCGUCUCAAUGACAUUUUCAGAUACCCUGCCUUACAGCGUGUGCAAUAUCUCAAUAUAUCACACAACCCUAUAAAAUCGAUAGGGGAUUAUCUUUUUCCACCCACUUACCCUGUACGAGGUGCCAUCCGAAAGCUUUCUCUUGACAGUUGCAACAUAACCGAAAUUAUUCCGUUUGCUUUCAACAACCUGGAGAACCUGACUGCCAUCUCUUUGCGGGAUAACUUCCUCACUCGUUUCAAACCGUUUGUCGUGAUGUCCUCAGGGUUGUCUGUACUCCUACAUGGCAACCCAAUCGUUUGUUCGUGUGACAUGCGUUGGCUUAAAGAACAACAACAACAACAGCAGCAGAAGCGAAGUUUUGCAAUGGAGAAACUUUCUGAAUCUACAUAUCACGUAAGAGAGUGCACAUUUGAGCACAGCCCGGACUGGAAACCCAUUCUCAUGACAAGCAUCGACGAAUUCCUCUGCGUUUCAAAAAUAGAAUGCAGCUCAAAGUGUGACUGUUUCGCCGGCAAAGAGGCUGGUUCACCACUGCGGACGCUCUGUUCUCGAAGACUGACCACUCUACCCGAUGUCAUAGCGUCCAGUACGGUCCAGUUGUAUCUGGACGGCAAUGAUUUCUCAUCACUCGGUCAGCUGACCAGUUUGUCCGAACGCAAACGAAUGCAGACGCAAGAGCUGUACUUGAACUCUAGUCAAAUAAGCUCCAUCGGCGAGGACUUCCUCAAGAGGUUCCCAGAACUGCGGGUCCUCCGACUCAACAAAAAUUCCAUGUUGACUUUACCGGCAUUUGUCUUUGGAAACCUCGUCCUUCUCAAAGAACUUUACCUCAACGAUAACAGCAUGAAUCAUUUUGACCAAAAUGUAUUCCAUGGUUUACGAUCUUUAAGGCACCUUGAUCUUAGCGGUAACAAGUUCCAUGUGAUCGAGGCACAUACUCUGAUUGAGUUCAGCCAUAUUAGAACCUUAGAGUCAAUCCAGCUGGAGCAAAAUCCAUGGCAGUGUGCAUGCGGCAAUCAACAGUUCUACCAUUGGCUUAAUUACAAUUACACUAUUGUGCGUAACAGGAGAGACAUACGAUGUAACCACAAGAUCAUUGUUGAUCAACGUCCGUCUGCAUUUAAGUGUCAGCCGUCCUUAACCAGGAAAAUCAUUGUGAUUGGCCUCAUAAUGUCUGUGAUUAUAUUGGCAUUUUGUUUAGCUUUCUUCAUAAGAUAUCGCCGUGAAUGUGUGGCCUGCAUCUAUGUGAAACUGGGGUUGCAGUGUUGUCGGUACCGAGAUCGGUCGUACAAACCAUUUGAUAUCUUCCUCGUUUAUGAUCGUCGAGAUGAAGACUGCCGCAAAUGGAUUGAGUCGACCUUACUACCCAGGCUUGAGUACAGUGGGAAGCAUGCUUUCAAGAUUUUCUAUCCAGACCGCAACGCCAUCACCAUCAUCAGAGGUAGAUCUAGGGUCAGAAACGCUGCUCCAACGCCUUCCCGCAGCGUUUGCACCACCACCGCCGCCGCUGACUCCAUUGCUGACAACACCACCACCGCCAAGGAGAGCAACUACAGUAAUGACACAAGCAAUGCCACUGUUUCCACAGGUGCCACCGCCGCCACCACCUCCAACAACACAGACCUUCCUACAGCCAUCAACACCACUAACGCUGCCACAAUUACUACUAUGAAUUACAACAACAACAAUAAUAACAACCACGCGGCCACCGCCACCACCACAAUUGCUUCCACAGCCACCAGCUGCACAGGCAGCCUCGUUGCUGCCAUCAGCCAGUGUCGCUGCACAAUGGUUAUAGUGUCUCGCGGCACUGGCUCCAGCCCGUCAUGCAUGGCGGCACUAAGGGUCGCCGUUGCUCUCUCUAAGGGCCGGCUUUUGAUGGGUGUGGGUGGAAGCAGUGGAGGUGUGUACGAUGGUGAUGAUGACGACGACGGCAGUCAUGGGAACAGGUUUGCAGGAGAGCGGGGGAGAGGAGAGCAAGGAGACGUCGACGAGGAGGGAGGAGGGGUAGGUCACCACCGACACCAGCAUCCCCUACAACAACAACAACGUCAUUAUCAUCAUCACAGCCUCCAACCUCAACAGCAUCAUCACAAUCGUUAUCAUCGUCAUCAUGACCCCAACCCCCACUAUCGCCAUCAUCAUCACCAUCGUCAUCACCAUCAACAACAGCAUCGGGUUGUGUUGGUUUUUUUCGGUGACGUGGAUAUCUCGACGUUGGAUGAUGAGAUCAAACGCCGGGUGCAGCACCGGGAGUAUCUGACUGCUCGGGGCCGUUGCUUCUGGCACAGGCUGCAAUACGAACUGCCGAAGCCGGGUCCCUGCCGUGGACAAGAGCUCAACGAACACGAGGCAUCAGUGGACGAGGAGACGGCUAUCAUACAGAACUCUGUCCUGGCUGAGUAUACCUCAUGUAUGUAAGAUAGAAGAACAGUACUAUGGAGUAGAGGUUAACUUGGGUGAUUUAGAGGAGAUCGAGUCGAGCAGAGAUUGAGUGGAGUAGAAGGGCUGGUGGAGUGUAGGGGUGGGAGAUGUGUGGUGUAUUGGAGUUUGGGUGGAGUGGAAGUGUGGUAGUAAAGUGGAGUGGACUGUGAGUGUAGGUAAAGUAGAGUGAGAGAGCGGGUAAAGUGGAAUGUAGUACAAGUAAAAAGGAGUGGAGUGUAUAAAGUGAAGUGGAGUGUGUGUAAAGUGAAGUACAGUGAAUGUGUCAGUAAAGUGGAGUGAGAGUUUGAGUAGAGUGGAGUGGAGCGUGAGUGAAGUGAAAUGGAGUGGAACCGAUCACUGCAGCAGAAUGUUGUCGAGUGGAGUAGGAGUCUGCACUUGAAAUAGUGGAACAGGGAUGGAGUGUGGGAACAUGCCUUUGGAGUGAAGUAGGUUGGAGUGGAGUGUGGUUGUAGAGCAUAAGGUCAGAUCACCGCAUCCAACAGAUGAAAAACAUUCCAGAUAUGACAGUCCUGCCUUUCAUUCAGACAUAGUGUAUCUUGGACUGCCUUAUUUAAAGUGUCCUUCCUUGUUGUUUUUGUUGUUGUUGUUUAACCACAGGUCAGCCCUAGUCGAAUAGACCUAUACUUGAAGAUCUUUCAGCUAUGACAAUCCUGCCUUUUACACACACACACACACACACGCACACAUACACAUAUAAGAUACAUACAGAUAGGUGCAUAUAGACACAUAUUUAUAUAGUCACAUACACACAAACAC